GUUAAUAGAAGAUUGAAGCAAUGAUUUGUUACACGGCCAUACCAGAUGUUGGGACCUAUGUAUAUUAAGUAAUUGUUUUAAUAAAAAAUUCAAGUGAAUUAAUUUUCAGAAAUUAAUUUAAGGACGACAAGGUGAAAAAACUUUAAAUAGGAAUUCCUUAACACUAAUUACACAAAAAAUUCCCAAAACUCCCGAUUAAACAUAGUAAAAAAUACCUUAUCGAUGCGAGGGAUUUUAAUUGUUAAGCAUGCUUAUAAUAUAUUAAAAUUGGAAUCACGAUUUAAAUUUGAAGAUUUUUUUUCCUUUUUUCAGACCGCGGUGAUUUUGCAUGGAAAACAGAAAACCAUAGAAGAAGAAGCAGAUGCUAAAAUGCAUAAUGCGCUCAAAUAUUUUGAAGAAAUUCUGAAAAAAUCUACCUGGGCAGUCGGCGAGUCAAUGACUUUGGCUGAUUUCGCUUUGCUCGCUUCCAUAUCGACCCUUGAGGCUAUCGGUUUUGACUUAAAAGAGUACGAAAAAAUUCAAGAAUGGCUCUCAAAGUGCAGGACUACAGGAAAAUUUGAAUACGAUAGAACUAAUCAACUUGGAAUUGAUGACAUAAAGUCUCUAUUAGAACGUGUCAAGAUGGAUAAGGAUAAAAUAGAUACUGAAAUUGUAAAAACUUACUUGAACGUUAUACUUACAUAAUAUGCGUUUUUCCGUCCACAUUUCAUGUGUUAUGUUUUGAUUACACCUAUUUUUGUUUGUUUGUCUGUUCAAUGUUAUAAUAAUAAUUAUUGUUUUUACAAAUUUUAAACUUUAAAUAUAAUUUUGUUUGUACGAAAUUACUAUUGCCAUACAUUUUCUGAUAGGUGGUGCGUAUAAAUGAUAACCUAACAUAGAAUUUAUACAAAACUAAUGCAGAAAACGUGCGGAAGUAAAAUUAAUGAUGUGAAUGAUAUUAAAUAAUAUUUGAUAUUAAUUAUUUUUAAAUUAUAGUAGGAACUAGGAGAAUCGAUAAAUCAUAAUAUAUAU